UCUUGUGAACGAAUUAGAGUGUGUUUGGAAAAUUGUAAUGUAGAUAAAGAUAUUCAAACUUUCGUUAAAGAGCGCGCCACGGGAUCGGAAAUACCAGAACCACCAAGUUACGUGAAUUUUUAUGCUGGUCCAGGUGAAAAUGGGACUCGUUAUCGGAAAGCUUCUUAUGAAAGAACUUCUGUAGAACGUGUAUUACCCCCAAGCACUGACAAACCUAUCGGAAGUCCUCAAAGCACAAAAAAUGCCAAUUAUAACUCGAUUUCAACAACUAAUUCAAGUCAAUCUUCGCAAGGAACUGAUUCUGCACUUCCACAAACUCCCAUUGAGGAAGUAGAUGAACCUGAUCCUAUCGAUCCAGGGCAACAAACAAUCCUUGCGGUUGGUAGCAAUUUGCUUAAUGUACAAGCCACUAAUGAAACUUUAAAUGACAGCAUUCCAACUGAACGAUCUAUUGAAAAAGCUUUGGAUGAUAUGCAAAAUAAAGAAAAG